GCGAGGGGCGGAGGAAGAGAGGCAUGGCCCCCACUGUCACUAGCAGUGGUUGGUUCGGGCGGCUGUCAUGGCCUCCUCGGAGGGGCAGGCUGGCUCGAGUCCACCCGAGGCCUCCUCCCCGCCGGGAGCCUCCUCUGAAGAGCUGGUCCGAGAAAUCCUGAGAGGCUGCCUAUGCUUGCUGCCCAAGUUGCUGGGGCAGCUUAAUCUUGGAGAAGAUGUUGUGAAAAUCAACUAUGAUUGGAGCAAGCUUCAAGGUGCCUCAUCAAUGCAGCCCAGGUUGCUCUUGACUGCUCUGCAGCAGCAUAUUUCACUUUUACAGCCGUUUAUAGAAAAGCUUCAGUCUUUGAUUAAAGAAGAAAGCACUGUACCCAUUGAUGAUUCCGAUAAGACAAAAGAGAGAAAGUGUGAGACUAAUUCAAAUGUAAUAGAUAAAGAUGUGCAGGUGGAAGUAAAACACAUAGCCUUUGGUUCUGCAAAUCUGAAAGAGGCUCAUGUUGAUUUUGACCCAGAAGUAGUCCAGAUAAAAGCUGGGAAAGCUGAGAUUGAAAGACGAAUAUCAGCCUUCAUUGAAAGGAAACAAGCCGAGAUCAAUGAAAACAACGUCAGAGAAUUUUGCAAUGUUAUUGAUUGUAAUCAAGAAAACAGCUGUGCAAGGACUGAUGCAGUAUUCACACCCUACCCAGGAUUUAAAAGUCACGUGAAAGUUUCUCGAGUUGUCAAUACAUACGGGCCUCAGACUAGAAACCAAAUUGCUCAUGGGGCCAGUCAUCAAGCAAGUACCCUUCCUCAGGAUUGUGGGAAUCAGGCUGUAGAAGAGAGACUACAAAACAUUGAAGCUCAUUUAAGGUUACAAACAGGUGGACCAGUGCCAAAAGAUAUUUACCAAAGGAUAAAAAAGCUUGAAGAUAAAAUUCUUGAAUUGGAAGGGAUGUCUCCAGAAUAUUUUCACUCUGUGAAUUUGUCUGGCAAGAGAAGGAAAAUCCAAGAAAACCAGUUUAGUCAACCCACACAGAAAGCAGAAUUUAACAUUUGCAUAGCUGUUGCAGAGCCUGGCAUGUAGAAAUGCUCUUUGGUGACAUUUCUGUGGGAUUUCGGCCAGCAUCUGAAUCUGUCCUAAAAGGAUUUUUGCUCUCUGAAAUAGCUGUCUUUCAAUAUCCUCCCAAGAUUGUAGUCCUGCACUGCACCCACUGGAUUCAUUUGGACUUCCUUCUGAAUAGAUGUAUAUAGAGUUACUUUGUAAGUUGCUAAUUGGAUCCCAGUGCACAGUAUUGCAGCUUUGUUCAACAAUGUAUUAGUAAAUUGAAUUGGUCAUAAUCAUCAAAAGCUUCUUAUUCUAGCAUUGGAAUUCAUGGAACUUCCACUAUAAUUACUCCAGUGUAUUCAUAGGGUCAGCUUGGAUAUAACCUCCCACCCCCCAGCUUAAUCAUGAUUUAUUGAGAUAGGAAUAAGCAUCGUACUUGUGUAGUCUCCCCUUUGCUCUCCUAACAUUCUGAUUUCACUGUUUGCAUUAUGGCUAUUUUAAACCACAGUUCACCUUUCAAUCAGAUGUAAUGUUAAAUUCCAGACUACAAUACAAAGCCAGGGUUUAUAUCAUAGUUUAGAGUUAAAAGAUUAAACCACAGUUUCCUUUCUAUAAAAAGAAAGUAACCAUGGUUUGCAGUAACUACUAUACAAGUACUGCAGUUAGCACAUGAGAGAAGGGGAAGGGGGCAAGAACACCAUCCUCAUACAUUUCUCAGGAUUGAUCCAUGGUCAUUUUAAAUAAAUAGGUGCUGCUAAAGGUUUAUGCAAUAAAUUAAAGAUGUUAAACUCUCUUUUUUCUGAAUGGCAGAACUAUUCUUUGGCUGAACUUGAUGAGAAGAUCAAUGCACUUAAGCAAACAUUGCUGAGAAAAACAAACGAAGAGAGGCCCUGAUCAGCGUCUUUGAGUACAGCAAUGUGACUUCAUCAUGCUUUCAUGUGUACAUAACUCCUUUAGGCUGUCUGAGUACUGUUUGUUUAGGAGUUAUGGUAAGGAAACUAAACAAUGAAUAUAUGAAUUUGUCUAAUUCAUUUUAGAAACCUACAUUGAGUAAACUUCUUUGUUUCUUCAAAGUGAAGAAUGUUUUGGAAGUGACAUUGUAAAUAUCUCUUCCCUUCUGUUGGAAAGGAAGAUUUGUAGAACCGUUAAUUAAAAAAAAAAGGAAUCCUUUUGCUUUGCUGCAUCAAAUGAACUUUACAUUCUCUAUGUGACAUAGAUCAGAAGAAUGUCUCUUGGAAUAUAAUUCUGUUGAAAGACUGUCAUGUGAAAUGCAGUUCUUCAUAUAAUUCAUAUAACUUUGUUAAAUAAAGGAAAUGAAUACGCAGAAAAAUAAAGACUUGUAGUAACUGAUGGGACAGGUCAUGGAAUAUCUAUCAGGGAUAUUCUCCUGAUAGAGAAUAGAAGAUUAUCUCUGAAUAACUCUGUUUACAUGAUCACUACAGACCAUGACAGCUUGUGAAAGUUGCAGUGGGCUGCUGUGUGUGUUGGCAGCCAUGCUGAAUAUUCAGCCAUCAAAUAACUUUACAGCAGCCUAUGGGUUAUUUGAGGAUUGUAGGGAUCUGAAGAAUUACAAAUGGGUUAUCUUAACAUUGGUAAAUUGGCUGAAAGUAUUAUUAAAUAUAGAAUUAGCAAACACAUAGGGGGACAAGCCCUGAUGAAAAAGAAUUAGUAUAGCUACCUCAAAGUUAAGUCCUGCUCACUAACCUAUUAGAGCCUCGAUAAGCACAUGGACAGCGGCAAUCUUACAGGCGUUGUUUCUUUGGAUUUCCAAAUGGCCUUUGACAAAGUCCCUCAUCAAAGCCUCCUGAGCAAAUUUAGCAGCCAUGGAAUAAAGGGCAGGGGGGCUCUUGUGGUUCAAGCUGGUUAAAACAGAAAGCAAGAAAAAUAAACAUUAUUCCCCAAUGGCAGUGUGUAACCAGUGGGGUCCCACAACAUUCUGUAUUAGGAUCAGUGCUUUUUAAUGUAUUUGUAAAUCAUCUGGAAUUAGAAGUAAGCAGUGAAGUGCAAUGUAGGAGCCUGCCAGAAAAAGAGGUGGAAACCCUAAUUUAGUAUCCUCAACAUAGUUAAGUGCACAAUGACCUGGUUUACACAACAUGACAAUUCACCAAGGGCAGCAAGCCAUUGUUGGCUUUCCUGUUCUCCAAACACAGCUCAGUUAGUUCAUGCGAGUUUGUUUUUCCAACAAACCACCCUGAAAAUGCAUGGGCUGUUAAAGUGUGUGUUUUCCCCUGGUGCAGGGGGCAGUUGUUCAUCCAAAUCCAGCCAUGUGUAAAGUCCAGCUACCAGAGACUUGCUUGGCAAGAGCAACUACAUCCCUUUUGCUUUCAGAUGCUUUUCGCAUCAUUUAUGGACAAAGUUUUAAGGUUGGGUGAGUUCUAAAGAAAGCCAAAACAAAAACAAAAGCCCCCAAAGGAAUCUCUCUUCUAAGGACCACCUUCUUUGGAGGCUAGAUUGAUUCAACAGUUUAUCGAGCAAGCAGAUUCUGUUCCUGUACCAUAUUUCUGUAACUGAUUACUGCUUAUGAUAGGCCAAAUUUAAGAGCUUAGCCCAUCUAAAUGAGCUGUAUCAGAUGGAGCAGGCUUUAAAUUUCCAAAUACAAUGGAGUUUUCUUUGACUUGCAUUCUCUUCCCUACCACUAAGGACAUUUUGCUGAUUUUAUAUGUUGUCUUGUAUGUUUUCCUGCGUUCAUGGUAUUGUUUAAUCUGUUUACUGCUUUGUGAGUUCAGUUGAGUAAUAGCAGACAAAUCAACCAUUAAAAAAACACAGUGAAUAAAUUAA